GUGGGCUAUACAUGGGAAGACGGGCCUGGUCUCUGGGACGAUGUUGAGGGGACGCUCAAAAACUUUGUGGUGGCGCGAGACGCCAUUCUGAGUGAGAUUUCGGAUUCGUCUGCCAAACCGGCUGUAAUCGGGUCGUCUACGAGUCAAUUGCCACAUAAGAAAUGGGGAGGGACGUUGAACCGGAAACACGGCACCCUGAAGAGCUCAAAGUCCAUCAAGGCAGAAAGGAAACAGUCAGUUAUAGGAUCGUUAAGUCUUGAAACCUUGCCCUCCCGGAAGAAAAGUGGGUCCAAGAAAUCGGGAAUGGAAUCACCUUUAUCCAAACGCAAACUUCCGGGACCAAAUUUGUUCGAGAAAAAACUUUCUAAUGAACUAUCCGAGGAGAACGAAGCUCCCACGCAGUCCUACACAUUCACUGGCAACGAAUGUACGCGCUGGUUGGGCCAGGAAUACAGCCUGACCAAUGAGGAGUGUAUUCUGCUGUGUCAAGAGAUGCUUGAUAAAGACCGCAUAGCCUUGGUAACUCCACGUGGGCGUGAGGGCCGUUUUGCCGUGGAGGUGAAGCGGGACCUGAUAUACCGUAUUGUCCCGGAAUCGGAACGGCCGAAAAUAGAUAUUACUGAUAAGCCGAGUGAAAGGCUUACCAAAACAAAAUCAUGA